ACCGCGUCCUCUCGCAUGCGCGUCGACGACUGGCCCCCGGUCGCACACUGCAGCCUGCAUGUCCUGCAUGUCCUCCCACCAGACGUCUAUGCAGACCCCUACGAGCUCGCUCUGCGCCCCGCCUACUCCGCCCGCCUCCAUCCCGCCUCCGACCUCGAGCUGCCCGUCGCGGCAGUCGACCACGCAGACUCUGUCCUGAUCCUAGACGUCCACGCCCCGCGCACUGCGCCAGAUGUGCUCGUCGACGUCCCUCUGCAUGCCAGGUACGGUAUCCCCGCUCCUGCCUCCUACCAUCCCAUCGCGCUGCCCCCGCCGCUGGGCUUCUGGGCCUGUCCCUCCUCCGCACACCCUCCCCCACCGCCCCCUCAGCUCCAGCCAUACCUCCCCCUGGAGACGGCCUCCUCACACGCCAUCUCCCUCAUCCCCUCAUCCGCAGCCGACGAACGUGCUCACAUCGUCAUUCCUGUGGGCACACCCGACCACCUCCCCCUUGUCGAUAUCGGCACCGUCAGCGUCAUGCUCCUCAUGUUCGUCUACCUCGUCUACGCCUCGGUCAGCACCGCGCAGCGCCUGCACUCAGACCACCGCGCGAAGAAGGACUGAGAUACCCCGCUCUUGGAGGGCGCAAUGUAAGGGUGCUGAGUCCGAGUAUGCUAGAUGCCACUG